AAUCUACACACUCACACAUACGCACCAAAUCUAAUAGCUGUCAUUCUCAUCUGACAUUUCUCACAACUGAAGGCCCAUCGAUAUCGAGCAGAGCAAAUGUAUUACGUGCUGUGAAAAUGAAUUUGUGUAAACAUUGAGUUUUGAAUUUAAACGAAAAAAAAGUCUUUCCAAAACAAAGUGAUGUUUUAUCAUUGAAAUUCAAAUUGCACAAAUAAAUUAUUACAUAAACUAUUCUAACCUCAAAAUUCGACGCAAUUUGAAUAAACAAAAGAAGAGGAGAGAGAGAGAGUAGAAAAUGAACAACAGUAUCGGAAUGGAUUAUUUACAAGAGGCAAUCGUGCUGGGCAUCGAUGUCAUUAUCUUUGGACUGUGUCUCAAGGGCUAUCACAACCAUAAGAACACUAUUAAAGCAUUGAAGGAAGCACCUCAGUUGGCCAUCGACAAAGACCUUAACGACUAUGUUGGAGCACAAAAGAACCGAAAAAUCCCAUAUGCCAUCGUUCGGGGCACAGUUGAACCGAUCGGAAAACCUCUACAGAGCAUUAUGUCACCAUCGGUGACCGGAGUAUUGCAAGUGAUUAAAGUCAAUGAACAUCGAAUAACCAGAGGUUUUGCUGGAUUUUGGACAGAAAACAGAAAACUAUUCCAUGUUUCAUCAAGUGAAGUGCCAUUCAAAGUAACGAACAAAGACGUUGGAAUUGAAAUAAUCGACGCAUUGUCUGCUGAAAUUUUAGACUUGGAUAUCAUCCACGACAGCUAUGAACCGUCAUCGUUAUCAUUUUUCGAUCAUGUAUUUGGAUUUUUCUCGGGUAUUCGACAACGAGGUUUGCAAACCACCGAGGAAAUUCUUCGUGAUGGCAGUUUCAUAACAGCUGUUGGCGAAUUGGAAUUGGAUGGAAAUCAUUUGAAAUUACAGGAAUCAAACAUUGGGCCAAUGUUUUUGACAACAGCCACAAAAAGUUCAUUAAUUCGUCGAUUUGAACAAGCCAAAAAUGGAAUGCUAUCAAAAGUGAUCAUCUGCGGUACGAUUGCUGGCAUUUUGACCGCAAUAAUUAUUCGAAAAAUUUAUUUGCGCAAAAAGCAAGAGCGUGUCGAACGGAAAUUAAAAGAGUCACUGGAAAAGGCGCGCCGUGAACGAAGGCAACAAUCAAGGGCACAGCCACGUGAAUUGAGAGACGAUGAGAAAUGUGUUGUUUGUGUUGAAAACCCAAAAGAAGUGAUUUGCUUACCUUGCGGCCAUGUAUGCCUUUGUGAGGAUUGUUCGGCUAAAAUUAAGAUUAGUUGCCCGGUGUGUAGGGCAACAAUUGAUAAUAAAUCAGUUGCAUUUAUCUCGUGAAUUUUGAUUGUGAAUCAACCGCCAUAUAGACACAGUUCCUUAGUUGAGACGAAGUACUAAACAAUCUCACAAAUGAACGUUGCAAUGUGUAAUUUACUCAAAACAAACGAAUUUGAAGCAAACGGGAUCAACAGAGGUCGAAUUUGCAACAACCGUUAACCAUACAAUAUUAUGUAGUUAUAUAAAAACCUCUUGAAAAAAAAAACUGUUGAUUUUGGAUUGGGCUUUUAGAUGCUUUGUAAAUAAUAAAAAUGUUGCUUUGAACGUUCUUGUUUUUAAUUAGGAGGGAGAAUAAAACAGUUUCGCAUAUGAAAAAA